CAGAUGGUGCGUGCGUCGUUGCCAUUGUGACAGUGACUUUGGUGUGCGUGAGAUUUUUUUAUUUUUCAAUGCGGAGUAGUGGGGCAUUUUCGGACAAUGUAGCCACCAUGGACGUGGUUUCAGCGCCGAAACAGACCAACGUACCGGGCACGGUAAGCCGUCACACAGACGCUGAAGGCUAUCCGCGUCGCCUGCAUCGCUAACCGCGUCCCACACCGAGGAGGUGUCGACUGUGUGCUCGCGUCGACUACGCUAAGCCUAAAACACGCUGUGGUUGGUGUCUCUUGCUGCCGCCAGCGACACUAGCAGUGGAUGCGGAUUUCGGACGCCUCCUACUCCCCCUGCUGAUUUUUUUUCUUAUAUUUUUUUUUAAUCCGCCGUGCGACUUUGCUCGAUCGCCUAAAGAAACUUGAGCAACUCCUGCUGCUACUGUACGUGUUAUUGUGCGAUUCUAGCGACUCUCUACUGCGUUGCACCGAGGUUGCAAGAAAGAAGAAAAACACCUCCUAGGCUGCGUCCCCUCCCUAUGCUGGCUACCCGGAUUAUGUGGGCAUAAUCCCGACCCUGCGAUGUCUCUAGCGCCGCUCGCAACGCCCAACUCGUGGUGCGUAAUGCGCGACGUCUACAUCUAGGACGCGCGGAGAGGGGCGGCGUGGACGGUGUAGGGGCCCAGUACGCCAGCUCCCCCCAGGUUCCCUGGAGGGGCAUGGCUGAUCCAGCUGCCUACCCGGGUUGCGUUGGGCAGAGCAUGAACUUCGCAGAACAUCCCUAUGAAGGCCGUGGUCCUGGUCACUGUCAAAGCGGCGGUGGGGGUUACCCAUACCCGGGACAGUACCGGCCUCACCCGAGCUCUCCGCCUGCAUCCUAUGGUCCACCGCCGGGCCAGCACUGUGGCGGCAGCUACGGCAACGGACCCAUGCCCAGCAGUCCCGGGCCCUACCCACGGCAGCCGUACCCCGGCGCUGUGCCCGAGAUGCGGUACGGUCCCCGCCACUCGGCCCCGCCGGCGUAUCCGGGCUCUCCGGCACCACUCUCAAAGCCACCAGGCGCAUGGGACCACGGAAUGGGCGGUGGUGGCGGAAACUAUGGUACACGGCCCGUCAUGAUGCAGAGUCCGCCACCGAUCCGCUCACCUGUCAGCAGUGCACCGACGAUGCACACGAUGGGCAACUACCGGACGGUGGUGCCUCCGGGGCCUGCCGGCCCUCCCAUGGGCGUGGCACCACCCCCGCCUCACGGCAAUGUGCCGGUCUCGCAGAGCCAAUCACCCUCGUGGUCCCAGUCGCCCAGGACGACCCCUUCCCCGCUGGCCUGCCACGCGCGGUCUCCGGCACCGUCGCAACAGCCACCGUUCUCCCCGCCGACGCCCGCGCCUACCCCGCAGCUCCAGAAGCCUCCGUCACCCAUAACAGGCUCCCACGAUCCCCUCCAGUCACUGGAGAAGAUGGUUCUUCUGGACCCCCACAACAGCAGCAGCGGAAGCGCGAGCUAUGGCGUCAUGCAGGAGUCGUCCGGUUACGGAUCCACUUCAGGUGGUGGCACUGAGAGUGGACCCAGCUCGCCGUACCCGACGUACUACAACCUCGACCAGAACCGGAUGUGCACUCCGCCAGAUCCAGGCCCACCAUACGGCAUCGCAAACUUCGCCGCUACGGGCGCCUACCGCACGGUGCUGCCCAACAUGGACGGCAACCCGGCCCUGCGGGGCGAAAGGACCAGUAGUGGCGGCAUUCCCGCUCCGCCUCCUGGUGUGUAUGCUCAGCCUGUUGUGAAUGGUGUGAACGAUGGUGAUUUCGGGACGGGUGGUAGUCCCAUGGCGGGUCCUCCGCCAAGGGUUGGUGAAUUCGAACGGCCCUAUGCUGGUGCAGGACAGAGGGGAGGAUCGCCGCCCAGCGACGACCCAAUGAAGCGGCGGCGUAGUUUGGACAGUACACCGUGCAAUCGGCCUUCCAGCGUCGGGGGCCAGGGGCCGUCGGGUGUGACGUCGGCUUUGGGUGCCGUGGACGGCGGGUGCAAGCUCAGGCGUCGCAGUGUCGCGGGUGUUCCCGAUGGAAUGAAUACAUCGCCGGUGCCCCUGACGGUUAUGCAGAGGGAACAGUCGCCAGCCCAGAGAGUGAAAACGGAACCAGAGGUGAGCGCGUCGGAACCAGAGCGCGUGCCAGUGAGUGGUUCUGUGAGUGUUAGUGGUACUACUAUUACUACGGCUGCUGCUGCCGCUGCUACGGCAUCAUCAAGUGCCACCUCCACUUCCUCUGCUGCCACUCCGCAACAGCAGUCACCAACGAAGCGCAAGAGGGGACGACCCUUUGGCGCAAAAAACAAGGCCAAGGACUCGGGGACCGUUGUCAAGCGGAGGCAGCGCAAAGCAGCACCAGCGACGCACCCAGCGGUUGCCGCGACACCCACCACCUCGGUGGUCGCUGCGGCAACGACAACGAAGGUUCGCACGCCCACGACGGGACCCUACAUUCGUGUGCUCGGGACGCGCGAACGCCCACUGUCGUCGCACAUCGUCAACAUGACUCCGCGCACUGUGCCAGAGGACGAGAGCAAGCGGAAAAAGGUCAGUGCCCCCCCGGCCCGUGUGGGGCCGCACCACGCGACAGGUCGUCGGCUCGCCGGAUCGGCGGCGCACACAAGCACGUUGUCACCCCACUACGACGCUGUGACGCGGGACCCUACGUGGUUGUGCGCGUUUUGCCUGAAGGGCAGCCAUCACCAAGGGCUGGGUGAUCUGUAUGGGCCGUACCCGGGCACCAUGGUGCGGCCGGCCGAGCCGGAACCGGUGAGCUGCCAGGAAGAGGCACUGCUGCGCAGGGGCAGGGCCACCAAACGGAAAAAGAGCGACUCAUUCUCCGGCACCGAGGACGGCUCCACACCACGGCGAGGUAUCCGGCAGCGGAGGUCGAGUGAAGCAGAACGGGAAACGGAAGUGACCAAGGAACUGUGGGUGCACGAGACGUGUGCCACCUGGUCUCAGGGUGUGUACCUCGGUGGUAACCGGGUGCACGGGCUGCAAGAAGCCGUAGCCGAAGCCACUCACCUUAUAUGCUGCAAGUGCAAGCUCGUCGGCGCUUCUCUGGGCUGCCUCAGCCGGGGCUGCAGCGAAAAAUAUCACUACCUCUGUGCCGUCGAAAAAGGCUGUCAGUUGGACACGGAAAACUUCUCCAUUCUGUGCCCCAAACACAAGAAACCAAGCGUACGGCCCUCCUAAGCCGUCGCCGGUGGAAAGAGAAAGCACAACCCCCCUCGACGGAAGAUUUACGACCUCCGAAGGGCGGCGAGGCCCCUUCCCCGGACACGCAUUUUUGCUCCGAGCAAGUUUCCAGAGUCCGGUUGCCAUGGCGCGGGCACCGCUACCGUUUCCGAGACUGUUGUGGGGAGAGGGCUCAACCGAAACCCCAUUGGAGACCCCCUUCCACAACUCCCCGCGUUUGACGUAGACAGAAAUCGAAGAGAGACGCACGCUGCGAUGAAAGCGGCAGAGCUUGGUUAUCACGCAGUGUCGCCAGGGCGCCAUAGCGUGGUUGUCCUCAACAAGGCCAUCGUUCGUAAUCUGCUCAAACUUGUUCUAUUCUUCUUAUUGCUCCCCCUAUUUGGCGGUGCUGCAGAAAUGGUCCCUCUCCUCAUAGUUUGCGUUGUCGACGAAAGUACAGUACGGUACACUUCUAAAGAGAACGCCCGACUUGUUUCUCCAAUGAAAUUUGGUGAUGUCUCAGUGCUGUGACUGACACCGCCUGUCUUAGGCAGGCCUCUGUCCGGGCCUGAAAAAAUAAUUUACAGACCUUCGCCGUGGACUUCAGACCUAUUGAAAAUUAUCAGAAUGCUAGUUAGGAGUUUCCUUUCAGAAGGCUGUACUGUACGGUUGGCCAAAAGAAAAAAGUCUGUGGGACGCGGUUCCUGCGAUGCACACAAAUUUCUGCUUUUGUAAAAGCAAGCUGCUUACAAAUUAUUUAGUCGCCGCGUAGCCUGCAAGAACUACGCAAAUUUCACUUAACCGGCUUCAACGCAAAUAUCCCUGUCCCGCAGACUUCGUUUUUGGCCAGCUUGUGUAAAACGCGCGAACUAAAAAAAAAAGGCCCCUUUUCUUGUGUCAACGUGCGAGACUAGCAGCGUCGGUGUGACCCGUGUGAUUGUAGAAGACCACUGAAAGUUUGUGCGUCGGUGAAAGUGCGUCGCUGUGAUUGCAUUUUGUUUUUCCGUGUGACUGGAGUGACGGAUGUUGCACGAGUUUUACGGAGCAUGUCCGCAAACCGGAAGGCAACCGGUGGUACGUGUGUUAGACGAGCCGAGAUUUCAAUUCUCAGGGCGGUUCUUUCUCGGUGGUGCAGGUGGGUAGAAUACUCUUCUUGUGUCCACUUGGUAUUUCUCUCGUUUUAUUUUAAACACUGUAAAAUAUUACCGUGCAGACUUUUUAAAGUAGGUUUUUCUUGUUAAUUACUGUGAUCGUUGGACGUUGUGAGCGGCGGACGGCGGCCUUGUGGGGAGAUUCGUGAAGGCAGGUUGUUUUUCAGCAUGCGGAAAGUUCCAUGCCCUAUGUGCAUGUGUUUCUUUAAAAAACAUUUUUUUUUUCUUUUAAGUAAUGUGUUCAAAAGUUGCUGCCAAAGUAGUGGCGGUGUGAAGCUGCGUUGACACAUCGGUGAACUUUUGUUUUUUGCGACCUCCGUCAAACAUUUUAUUUACGAAACGGGUGCCCCCACAAGCUAAUUAAAAGUGCAUUUCCUAACAUCGCGAUCGCAGUGUGCAAAAUUGGAAGUACACCGCCUUUCAUUACAUUUUGGCAGCGUAAGCAUCGCAGUAUUUUGUAAUUAGAGUCAGUCAUCAAUGUCUGCAUAUUUUGGCAACGUGCAUAGUUGUGCUGCUAUUUUCGGUUUUUCAAUGAUGUUGUUGCAGCUUAUACUAGUGCUACAUUUUUUUUGUACCCAGAUGUGUUUUUCGUUUUCUUGUGACCAAUGCGAAUGCAUGCAUGUAGAACCAACGCCAUGUCUUUUCAAAGUACAUAACCCUGCAAAGUUCACUUAGGACACCUCUCGCAGAUUUCGGCAUAGCUUAGCAGUAACGUACGGACGAUUCCUCCGUCUGUGGGAAUACGACGAAGAUUGGGCCUUUGCGGAAGGAAAAUGUUGCAAGAGUGGAACGGUGCCAAAAGUCUCUUCGUUUUUCUUUUCCUUUCCAUUGACACGAUUGAUGAAACUUUGAUAUCUCAACACUAGAGGGGAGUCGCAUUGUCUACGUAGAGGUUGUCAGUAGUCCGUAAAGUAACACGCCGAUGGUUCAGGUGCAUCUACUACCCCUGCGUGUAUCACCCGGUGUGUGAAGCAACCUGCGGGCCUUCCCGUACCUUGGAGUACGGAAUAAUAUUUCGUUUGCUUCGUAUCACCAGCACUGUCCAUGUAGGGGGCCCUUACGUAUUUCAAGAUGGCCAACUGGCGAGGAUUAACACCGAAUAGUAUUCCGUAUUCCGUGGUACGGUAUAGACCCUCUUCCCUCCCUUUUAGUUCUCUGCCCAAACCACAACGCGCUGGCUUUAUCAGAAGUAUGCAAGCCAAAAGGCACCUGGUGUUGUGCGGUCACGAUCGUUUUCUUGGGAGUCUUGAAAUAGUUUAGUAUGGGUCGGAACUUAAAGAGCUUAAAGAGCACAGAGGAGCUGCAAUGGCUCGCAUACUUGUGGAAGAGGUUGCGCCCUCUGAUCUACAUUUGCGAAGCGGGACUAGCAUAAGUGACUAUGUUUUGCUCACGACGGGGCGUAGUCGAUGGUGCUCACUUGUCCGGAAACCGAUCGCCGGUUUCUGGGGUUGCUUUUUGCGGCAGCCUAUGCGCUGCCUUGGGAAGUUUGAGGGGUCAGUCUUAUAUUUCUGUCCCAGUCCAUCCACAAGGCUUUUAUAGGCUGGCAGGAGCCAGCACAUCCGUAAGAAAGGGAGUCAGUGACAUGUUCUCUGAAGUUGCAAACGAGAGUUGCAGCCGUUGAGGAUCGGUGUGUUCUGGCCGUCGGGAGUUUCUAGAUCUGGAAGGCGGACACGGAACCUCUCGUCCCGAAACGGACCACCCGGGGCUUCCCGUUUGUUUUUCUUGCAAGACGAAAGAUCAUUCCCGCUGUCGUGGUCAGUGUUGUCGUGAUAGCCUUUCACUUUUCUUUUUUUUUUUUUUUUUUUUUUUUUUUUUUUUUUGAGCGCGUGUUUUCAAAGGUGUGAAAAUGUUUCUUCGAAGACUGUAUUAUGGGUGACUGAAGACAAGUGUUUUGUUUGGUUCAAGAGAGUGUGCCAUUGCUGAUAGCGAACCUGUGUACGUAUGUAUGUGUGCGUGUGUUGUACUGUAUCGGUCGUUCUCUUCGAAUACCCCUACACCCAUUUCCUGGAUGCCCCCUUCGGUCAGCGUUAGCUUUAACACAAAGUGGGUGGGAGUCUGUACUUGCAGCCGCCAUUCAAUGUGUCGUUUUUUUUUUUUUUUUUUUUUUUUCGUGUGCAACUCUGUCGAUGUACAUAGUUUUGCUUGCUCCGAGGAGAACAAAGCGUGAGAAAUAUAAAGAAAAAAAGCGGCGGCAGGCUGUGAUGUAAUAAAA